AUGAAGGCCGAGGAACAGCCCACCGAGGCGCCGAAGGCGGCUGCCAAGAAGGGCAAGCGCGGCAAGAAGGGCCCCGAGGAGGUCGAGGGCGAGGAGGGCGCGCAGAAGGGUGUCGUGCAGUACGGCCCGCCCGAGGCUAAUGACGAGAUUGUCUUCGGGGUCUGCCACAUUCUGGCCUCCUGGAACGACACCUUCAUCCAUGUGACGGAUCUGACCGGCCGCGAGACCCUCUGCAGGGUCACGGGCGGCAUGAAGGUCAAGUCCGACCGAGAAGAGCCCUCGCCCUACGCUGCGAUGCUUGCUGCUAUGGACGUGAUCAACAAACUCAAGACCCUCAAGAUCAAGGCCUUGCACAUCAAGCUGCGGGGGCGUGGAGGCACGGACUCCAAGCAGCCGGGGCCUGGCGCCCAGGCUGCGCUGCGGGUGCUGGCCCGCUACGAGAUGAAGAUCGGCCGCAUCGAGGAUGUCACGCCCAUCCCCACUGACUCCACCCGCAGGAAGGGCGGACGCAGGGGCCGGCGGCUUUGA